GUUAGCUGAGGAAAAGAGGGAGAGAGUGUGAGUGACUGGAAACCGGGGCAGUCCCGAAUCCUUAAGGGUCGCGACUCAAACGCGAUUUUGACUCUCGGGAGUCAACACAAGUAGUUUUCGUCAAUACGAAAUUCAUCAGUCACUGUCGAUAGUAUUUUUUAAUUUUAGUGAUUUAAAGAAACUAGUCAGCGUAUAUGCAAAAUCAAUUGGCGCCAAUGGAGCGAAUGUGUUUGUGUUGUGUAACAUUGUCGAUUCAAUUGUCAUGUAAUGAACAAAAGUACUCGUAAAAGUGAUUGAUAUUUUCGAUGGAUUAUCAUAGCAAUCCUGGACGACGUGGACGGCCCCAGGACUCCUGGCUUAGCCAGGAUGAUGGGCGAACCUUGGAUAUUUAAUAAAUAAGGUGAAAGAAGAAAACAGAAAAAUAAACCUAGCCGUAAUUCAUCACGCACGCGUACAUUACGAUUGGCGUGCAACGGAAAAAAAAUAAUAGAGACGAAAGGAAAAAAAAAACAAAUAAACGAGAAGACUAAUCGUGUCACUCUCGUAUGAUAUCAAGAUAACGCACAAUGACUUCAUGAGAAGAAUGUGGGUGUACGCACAGGCGGACGGUGUGUAGUAAGGCAACAAAGAAAAUAGCAAAGGAGAAAGAAUAAAAAUGAAUAUAAAAAAUAAUUCAAGGAGCAUAAAAAAAUCGUUAGACGUGCGACGAUAAACCUCUGAUAAUCAGUGUGAUUCUGGCUUAAAGCCUGCUUUUUUUGCUCUUGGCAUCAUUGGCUGCUCCUGUUGCUACUGUUACUGCUAAUAAUCCUAAUAUCAUCGCCAAAAAAACAAGCGUUUGUCUUUUUCUCUCAAUAUACCAGUUUAUAUUAACAUAUAUUACUUGUUUUAAAAUUUUUGUAAAAACAUUCAUUGUGUUUUUUUUUUUACAACGGGUACCACAACUCUACGUUACAAUCAGGACCACCAGUCAGCCUUUAAAUUAUUCCUGUCUCGUUGCUCACAGUCACGAUAACCACUGAUAAUCGCACAGUGUGAUAGUUCACGAGUUUACUUUUGUUGUUACUAUCAUGUGUGCACAUUUUGCUAUCUCAUUAGUACUAGAAUAAAGGACCAGCUUUGUGCUUUAACCCACUAACCCGCAUUGUAUACCUAUAGAGUUGUAAAGUUGAUAUAUGUGUGAUACGCUUUUAGUCUUAUUGUAUUCCCUCAUUAUUAUUUCAUAUUUCUAUUUGAUCUGAAUCAAUGCCUAAUCAUACAUAAAUUUCUGUUCUGCUUGUAUCAGAUACAAAUAAAAGUUGAAAAAAACCGAUCGCAUAAAUUUGAAAAAGUCCUUCAUUGCGAAAUUCAUGUUACUACUCCACCUAUUUGACGGGAAUCGACCACUUAUAAACUCAAUUCACGUCACAUGAAAGUCAAUAUUAUAUUUUAACUAUUUUUUAUUUAUUAAUUAUUAAUGUUAUUAAUAUUUUUUUUCUAUCAUCUUCAAUAAUAAAGCAUGUUCGUGAUAGAAAUGAUUAAGUAUAAUAAUGCUUUUAACACUUGAAACUUUAAAAUCACAUUUGCUGUUGUAAUUUAGUGCAUUUUUUAUUUAUCAUACAUAUUUCAACAGUGAAUCAAUUUCAAAUUCAUGAAAACUUUUAUGAUAACUAUGUGCUGACAUAAUUUUAUUGAAUAAUUGACGGAGGAAUUUUUUUCAUACCUGUGCAUGAAUUACACAAGCAAGAAUAUGUUGUAUGAUAAUGAAGAAGUUUGAGCAAGAUGUAAUUGCUGUGCUUUAAUCGUAGAACAUCAAAUAUUAGCACGCCGAACAUGUAUCUCAUUUCAGAAUGCAGAAGCAUGCGUUGCUCUUAACGGGUAGCCGCCUGUCCCGGCGGCGUUAAAGCGGGAACACUAGAAGAAGAAGAAGAAGAAGGAGAACAAGAAUAAGAAAAAUAGAAAUAAUAAAAAAGAAAUAAAAUCAAGAAAAAUGUAUGCAGCAGCUGGAGGAGCAAGCAUAGCUAAUAGAAGGAAGCAAAAACGCCUUCAAUUAAGUAAACAGCAAAAGCCACCAGCAGUGGUAGCAAAAAGUAAAAUUACUGGGUCAACAACUGGAGUACAUGCUGCCAAAUUUUCACAACCGCACGUUCUAUCUACACAUCCUGCACCAUCUUCAACGUUCCACUCUUCGCACGAACACCAUCGUCAGCACAGUCAUCACCACCAGCGUCGACGACCAGAGAAAGUGACACCUCAUCGUUUGGCACCUCCACUUUCACCAAUCCAAUUCCCAAUCUCACCACCUCCACUAUCAUUGGAGUCAGCAAACUCACCAACGCUUCCAUUAAAAUCCAACCAUUUCCCAUUUCCGCCACCCUCGUUUCUCGAUUUAAGAGUUUCGCCUUCUACUUCAGAGCUACAGUGUGGAGCUCAGGGUCCUGGAAAAGCAGCAUGGCAAGGCUGCAGCAGACCAUCCCCGUUACCUUUAUCUCCAGUAUCACCCCAUGGCUCUCGAGAAGGAUAUAAAACUAAACAGUGUGAAGCUCACCGAAGAUGGAUGAAAAGAAAUAGGAUAAGAGAUGCAAGUUAUUGCUACGGGAGCAGUGGAGAAGAUGACGACGACGAUAGUCAAGCAGGACGCAGGCGUCCUGAAGUAAAUGCAGCGUUUAAUACAGUUCUGUAUGCGGGUUUAGGUACCACAGCACUUGGUCUUGUCAUAUCUUUUGUUGGAACUGGUGAAAAGGGUUUUCUCAGUCCGGAACUGAGACUUGUAGGACCUAGUUUACUCUGCGCAGGAUUACUUUGCUGCUUGCUGCGAGUUCUUCUAUGCUUAUGUCUAUGUCAUUGUUGUGAUGAUUGCCGAUGGAAGCCAUGCAAAGUGGUUAUUGUUGAUAAAGACAAGAUAAAAAAAGAAAAAGAAAAAAUUUCAACGUCACCCUCACGACAGCCUACCACAUCGCUUCUACCUCAGCGUCAAAAUCAAAUAGCAAAAGCUCCAACGAUGAAGAUGUCUCCUCCUUCAUCAUCAUCAUGUUCAAAACCUGUUAAAGGACACGAGCUUCUCCUCUCACCCGCUCAAUUGCCAGAGUGAGAAACACCAAAGAUAUAAUUAAAAAUUAUAAUGGAGAAUUCAAUCUUAAAGAUUCUUCUUAUAUUAUACAACAGAGUGUGACGGUAAAAUUUUUCUACGAGAUUUUACGACGAGAAGAAAUACGUCGAUAUAACUACUGCCGGUUCUAUAUAGAAAAUAUAGCGUGGCUUAGCCUCAAUCUCUAGCCCAAUCUCCCGACACGACACGAAUAAAAACCACAGCCUAGUCUAGUUUAAUAUGACAUAGUGCUUGAAAGAAUUACAAUAAAGAAUCGGCUACGUUUUUUCUA